GCACUGCAUGAUGUAUUCGAAAUCAAGUGAAGAGUAGAGUAAGAUGAGUGCUUGACAUAAUUAUUCUCACAGACGAUUGUAAUGAACAAAGCAACAAUAAACAAAAUUAUUACUUCAUCAGAAUGCAACCACAAACAUGGAGUACACAAAUGGAUUCAAUUCAAUGGUAAACUGUGUGUGAAAUAAAAUUUAAAACGCAUAGAGUGACGAAAUUGCGGACAAUUGAAACAAAUGUGAAUUGAAAUGGAAGGGGAGAGAUUUUCGUGGUUUGCAAAGAAUUAUUUGAGAAAAAGACCAAGACUUUCACCCACAUCAUUUCCAGACGACCAAAUGGCAUCCACGUCAUCAUGCAUGCCUUCAACAUCCACCACAUCAAAUCAAAGACCACGAAUACAACGAAUUUUAAUCGAACCAAGCGAUGAACAACUGUUAAAAUGGCAAGAGAGACAAAUAUCCGAAUGUAUUGUUGAAAAUACAGUCAAUCAAAUGGUUGAAUCCUAUUUAACAUUUAUCGAAGGUGAAAAUGCGAAUAGUGGAACAAGAAAUGAACUGGACAGGGAAGCACAUAUUGCAUCGUAUAAUGCAUACAGAGCUCAGGAAAAUUUUGAAGACUCAGCAAUUGUUUGGGCAAUUGAUCAAUAUGGAUUACAGCAGCAUCAUCAAUCAUUUUUCAAUGAUAAUCGCAACGAAUGCAUGUCCACAUCAUCGUCAUCAAUAUCACUUUCAUCGCCACCUCAUCUACAAACACAAGAUGAUUUGUGUUUCUUUGGCAUUGCAAACGAUAAAGAUGUAACGAACGUUGGUACACAAACUGAGAAGAAUAUUGAAGAGAAUGACGAUAUUCAAGUGAAUGUUUAUCAGAAAUCUGUAGCGCCUAAUGCAAAAGAGCAAAAUGACGAAAAUUCUUCGGUUGAACCGCAACAAUCUGCAGGUGAAGAAGCAAUAAAUGAUGAACAUUUUGAUUUUAUGGAGGCAUGUAUGGAGGCGGCCGUUGCCGUUGCAAUUCAGGAAAAAGGACUCACAUCAUCAUAUACGAUGCAAAAAUCACCAAAAAGAUAGUACAAAAGACGGCCGCACACACAUUUUCUUCUUCGCUCAGUUUUUGAAAAAUAAAGUAUUGAAAUAUCUGUACGUAUCUGUAAUAGAUUUAAGCAAUUAGUUCGCAAACAAUCAUUUUUAAACAUUUAGGCAUUAGAUUUUAUUUGUGUGAUUUUCUCUUGAUGAAAAUAAAAAAAAAACCAUUUCAAUCGAAA